AUGGCCAAAAUGAACGACCUUGGUCAUUUGUUAGGAGGGCACUCCCUACAAAGUGCCUGUGGGAUACUCCUGGACUUUUGGUCCAAGUACAGGGCACUGUUUCCACAGCACGAGCUGUGGAGGGAUGUGGACGCGGGGCUCAAGCCGCUUUCGCAUUGCCUACCAAUCCUGUUCCACGGAGACGAGGGGGUAACGUACCGCAAGAGCGGGCUGCUAGUCCUAUCCAUUCAGGGAAUUUUUGGACACGGAUCCAGCAAGAGAGAUGAGAACUUCAGAGGGGCAACGCAAGGAAUACCACUGAAUUUCUUGAGAACUGGUUUCCAAACAAGGCUGCUGGUUUGCGUGUGUCCCAAGGAGUUGUACUCGGAUGACCCGAGGGUCUGGAAUGCGAUCUUCGAGGUAGUUGUUGCUGACCUCGCCCGUUGCCAAAAGGAAGGGAUUGCGAUUGGCAGCGGGCAAGAAAAGGUAUUUCCCAUCCUUCUCGGUAACAAAGGCGACUGGAGUUAUUUGGUAUCCUCGGCGAACUUGGAACGAUCAUACCGGAGGGCACCAAAGGGAGCACGUGAUGACGAUCACAACGUUUCUGGAGCAGGAAUUUGUCACCUUUGCACCUGUGGUCAGGGUGUGGACUGGGAAGAUUUGAAUGCAGCAGAAGCAGAGAUGGAACGAUCAUUUGUUGAAGAGCUGCCUCCACCCUGGUUUCGAGAAUGUGCAAUGACCAGGGAACUUCUUGUUGAUCGAAGCCCGAAUGGGAAGGCCAGAUUUCACCUCAUCGACCCUUGGCACACAUUGCAUUUGGGAGUCGGCAAGUCUUGGGUGGCCUGUGGCAUCAUGAUGAUACAAAAGUUUCUGCCUGAAUCACAAAUGGAUGCCAGGAUUUCCUUCAUUGGGUCUCGGUACAAGAAUUUUUGUAAACGGAAGAAGCUGGACCCAGUACUGCGGAAAAUUGAUUGGCGCACCUUUGGCUCGGCGACUGAACCCUCCGGUUGUUGGAACAAAGCCGCAGUCACCAGCAAUUUCAUGAUGUUUCUGGAAGAGUUUUGCGAGGAGCACAGGGACGUCUUACAGGGUGAUGAGCGUCUACGUGUGUUUGCUGCUGGGACCAUGAGGGCCAAUGAGUUCAUGAGGGGUAUAUACAGCCACGAUGUGCUGAUACCACGGGACUCGGCAAUGUACCUGAGCAAUUGCCUUCAAGACUUCUUCAAGGCCUACCUGUUCCAAGCUGCUGCAGCAUACAACCUGGGCUUGGCUUACUUUGGUUUGUUCCCCAAGCUUCAUGCUGUGCAUGAACUAUCAUUCCAUUUGAAAAAGGAUGCACAGAGGGCCGGAUACGUCAUGAACCCAGCCGUUUUCUCUUGUUCCAUGGACGAAGAUUUUAUAGGGAGAUGCGCAGCGGUAAGCCGCUGCGUAUCUCCCCGCAUCAUGUCCAAACGGACGCUUGAGCGGUAUUUAUGCCACAUACAGUGUGCAUGGGCUAGGAACUAG